AUGCAAGAAGUCAAAAAUAAGAUUAAAAAUUUGAAAUCCACGUACAGUCAAGAACUGAACAAAAUUAAUGAUUCAAAGAGAUCAGGGGCUGGGCUCAGUAAUGUGUAUACUUCAAACAUCAAGUGGCUGAAGGAAAUGGAAGAGGUGUUUAUUCACGAUCUGAAAAGAAAGACAUAUGAAAAUUGUCGAAUCCAAAGCCUUUUGAGCGAAAUCGGUAUCAAGGAUUACAGAGAAAAGUCUGCGCCGAAUAACAGCCGUCAAAGAUCAUCUUCUGUAUUUUCAAAUUUCACUGAUGUUAGUUAUACAUCUAAUGCGUCAACAGACCAUGUGACAAACAGAUUUGAUGACCUCACCUCAGAUUCGGACACUCUUCGCACCACGAAUGAUAUUAUAACGCUAGCUAUGACUGCUGCCUGUGACAGUGACAUCGGGAACGAACAAGUUUAA